AUGAAUUUGUAUGACUAUGAAGAACGAGAAGCAAUUCUUAACGGCAAAUCGAAAGUAGAUAAAUUAAGUGGUGAAUAUUUAAACAAUCAACAAACUAUUUUCCGUCGUUAUGACUACACUACUGGACAAACUACCUACUUUUAUCGCACUAAUGAGAGUUUAGUUGGACACGCCACUAAGCCCGUGCUAAUUAAGAAAAAUUAUCGCCUUGGCACUCGCUCAUUAAAUCCCCUCAACUUACUGAAACUAGCCGACAAACCUAAGCAAAAAGAAAUUUACUCUUUUAAGAAACCCAAACAGCAACUCAAGCAAGACUUCCAAGAAUUCUUAAUCACUCGCUUAUUGUUGUUAUGCAAAUCGGCCGAGUUUACUCAUAUUCCUUUGGAAAAAGAACACGUGCCAAAGGAAUUAGAAAAGUGUGAUCAAUCUAUUACUAAUCACUUUCAAACUAAACCGGUUCUCCGUUUCACUUUUUUACCGCAACAAGCUUCCCUAAUUAGAACUUUUAUGGAAAAAUUAGACACUUAUGCCCAAGAAUACGAUAUGGAAGAAAGUAAAGAUUUUUCCGCUCCCUGCUUUACUGAUCCAAUCGCAAGCCGCAAUGCUUACCUCAAUAACUGA